ACUGUUAUAAAGAGGCUGACUUAGUUUAGAGUAAUAUUUCAUGUAGUUAACGCGUGUCUUUAUCGUGAGCCCCCUGUGUUCGGCUUGUUGCUUAGCGUUUUGGGAGCUGCUUAAUUGACUUGAUCUAAGCUCCUGCCCUCACGGAUCUCCGCUGGCUACCGGGAGCUGCAAGAUAUCAACUUCCAUGAUUGAAUUUGCACGGCACUGGAAAGGAGAUCCAAUAUGCCACUUGAAUUAAUAAAAGAAGUCAAUGGGGUGCCUGAAAUUGAGCCGCUAAAAAAACUGCACAAAGUAGAUUUCAGGUCCCUACAGCUUGGUUGUGAUUAUAGCAAGAAAUAUAUUCAGGGAAAACUUUCACAUGUCUCUUCUUUAACUUAUGGUGGAAACAGAACACCUAUUUUGAAGAUCGGACUACAAGAACAAGAAAACUCAGAUUCGGAAAGUAACACCAUCAAUGUAUUAUUUUUUGGGAAAUUAGCAAAGGACUGUGCGAAAGUUUUCUCUGAAGGGGACACCAUUGCAGUGGCUGGAUUUAUCGUUUUGUCUUCAUCUACAAGCAGAGAUGGUGAACAUUGCUUAGUUUUGAAAGCAUUUGAGGACUUAAGCUCAACUGUUUAUGUUUAUAUUAAAUCUGUAACAUGUUUUUCAACAGAGUCAACGUCCUUGGUUGCAGCAGCGCGUUAUGUGUAUACACCCCUGAAUGAACUCAAGGCCGGCAUGGUCGUCAAUGUCUACGGUGUCGUGAAGUUCUUUAAGCCUCCAUAUUUAAGCAAAGGAACUGAUUAUUGUUCAGUUGUUACAAUUGUGGACCAGACAGAAGUAAAGUUAACCUGCCUGCUCUUUAGUGGAAAUUAUGAAAGCCUUCCACUAAUUUAUAAAAAUGGAGAUAUCGUUCGCUUUCACAGGCUGAAGAUCCAAGUAUAUAAAAAUGAGACUCAAGGUAUCACCAGCUCUGGCUUUGCGUCUUUAACAUUCGAGGGGACUUUGGGAGCUCCUGUCACACCUCGUACUUCAAACAAGAAUUUUAACUUCACAACCGAGGACCACAAAAUGGUAGAAACUUUACGUUCUUGGGCAUCUACUCAUAUUUCACCUUCUUCUACAUCAGUAAAACUGUGUGAUGUUCAGCCAAUGCAGUACUUCGACCUGACCUGCCAACUCUUGGGCAAAGCAGAAGUGGAUGGAGCAUCAUUUCUUCUAAAGGUGUGGGAUGGCACCCGGCCACCGUAUCCAUCCUGGAGAGUCCUAAUACAAGACCUUGUUUUUCAUGGCGAUUUGAGUUACAUCCACCGGCUGCAGAAUCUGACAGUAGACAUCUUAGUCUAUGAUAACCAUCUUCAAGCGGCAAAAUCUCUGAAGGUAGGAAGCUUCCUUAGAAUUUAUAGCCUCCAUACGAAACUCCAGUCAGUGAAUUCAGCAAACCAGUCAACAUCGUUAGCUCUGGAGUUUCAUCUCCACGGAGGCACCAGUUAUGGUCGGGGGAUCAGAGUCUUGCUGGAAGGCGACUCUGAUGUGGAUCAACUGAAAAAGGUAUUAGAAUAUGCAGGUUUGACAGCCAGUCAGUGUUCAGAUGGUAUAUGUCAAUCAGAAUGUGAGGACAGCGUUCCAACAAGCUCCGGAUCGGUGUCAUUGUAUGAGAUAGAACGAUGUCAACAGCUGUCAGCUACAAUACUUACAGACCAUCAGUAUUUGGAGAACACCCCAAUAUGUGCUAUAUUGAAGCAAAAAGCUCCUCAUCACUAUCGGAUCCGAGCAAAACUGAGGUCCUAUAAGCCCAGAAGACUCUUCCAGUCUGUUAAACUUCAUUGUCCUAAAUGUCAUUCACUGCAGGAAGUUCUGCGUGAAGAUGAUUUGGAUCGAAUUUUGCAAGAGAAUGCAACUAAAACUCCAGAUACAAAACUGCAAAAUACCUCAUUAUAUGAUUCGAAAGUCUGGACAACUAAAGAUCAGGGAGAACGAAAAGUAGCUAUUCAUUUUGUGAAAAACAAUGGUAUUCUCCCACUUUCAAACGACUGUCUAAUUUUGCUAGAAGGAGGCACACUCGGUGAGCUCCACAAACUUGCCAAUAAGUUUCACAGUGUGAUUCCCGUGAGGUCUGGCCACGAAGACCUGGAACUGUCUGACCUGUCGGCACCGUUCCUCAUACAAGAUAAAGUCCAUCACUAUGGGUGUAGAAAGUGUUCUACCUUGAGACCAAUACAAAAUCUAAAUAACCUGGUGAAUAAAAUGUCAUGGAUUCCUUCUUCUGUGGCAGAAGUAUUGGGUGUUGUUCCCCUCCAACAUGUGUUUGUGAUGACAUUUACUCUUGACGAUGGGACAGGAGUGUUGGAAGCUUAUCUCAUGGAUUCUGACAAGUUCUUCCAUAUUCCAGCAUCAGAAAUCCUGACCAAUGAUGACCUUCAGGAAAGUAUGGAUGGGAUCAUGAAUAUGUUUUGCCCUCCAGGAGUCAAAAUCGAUACAUAUCCAUGGCUGGAAUGCUUCAUCAAGUCCUAUAAUGUCACAAGUGGGACGGAGCAGCAAAUUUGCUAUCAGAUUUCUGAUACCACGGUUGCAGAUGAUGUUAUCUAAUGUUGACAUUCAAGUCGGCAUAUGUAAAUAUUGUAACUUUUGAAGUCAUUAGUUUUCUAUGAGAUUGCCAUAAAACAUGUAAAAGAUUUAGUUCAGUGGUUCAUUUUCCAUUUUAACCACUAUUUAAGUUUUUUUAAUGGAUAUUGUGUUACUUUAACACCUUCUUGUAAAUUAAAAAUGUUUCUGUUGCUCAAAAAUAUCCAGUAUGAUAGCUUCCAGUAUUCUAAAAGAAACAGAGACAUUAAAUAAAUAAAGACUGUUUUUGUUUACUCUUUGUAGUCCUUUCAGAGAAGCUCUUUUGUUAGCAUACACUACGUGUUGGUAAAAAUCACCUUCUGUGUUGGUUUUGCCACUGAUUUCUCUGCCAUCCACCUUCCCUGGCUCAGCUCUUUCUCUUGCCUAGAUUUUCAUAUCAGCAAUGUGGAUGAUUUUAGCAUGACUAUGGGUUUAGAAGAUGUCCUUGGAAUGGCUAGUUGUUUUGUUUUAUUUUGUUUUGUUUUUUGUUUUUGUACAGAGUGCUCUGCUUAAACAAAUAUUCUUCAAGGAAAUGCUUGUUCCAGCCCUGGCCAGUGUGGCUCGGUUGGGCAUCAUUCUGCAAAGCAAAAGUUUGCCCAUUUGAUUCUUGGUCAGGGCACAUGCCUGGAUUACUGGUUUGGUCCUGGGUCAGGGCAUGUAACUUAUGGCUGUUUCUCUCUCACAUUGGUGUUUCUCUCCCUCUCUCUCUCUCUCCUUUCUCCCCUCUCUAAAAAUAAAUAAAAUAUUUUUUAAAAAGGAUUACAAUUAAAAAAGAAAGAAAUGCUUAUUCAGGUGAGCUACAGUGUACUUUAAGUAGAAGUGGUAGAAUUGCUUUCCUUGGCUACUGACAUUUACCAGUUGAGCCAUUUUUUUGGACCAGAAUUACAUGCUCUGAAUGCUUAUUUCUCUACAUAAUAUUAGAAAUUAUUCUGUUCCACCUCAACUUAAUGAAGUGGUCAGAUUUACAGUGUUAGUGACUGAUAUUAUCCUUUUUUUGAUAGUCUUAUGUAAAAUAUAUUUUAGGUAGGGCAUUAAAUGAGAUGUUAAUUCAGCAUAUAGGCCAUUUUUUACCUGACAGCAUGUCAAAUUUAAAAUCAUGAAUAUUCAGUUUUAUAAAAAUACUUCUAUGUAUCUAUAUAUAUAUAUAUGGAGAUGUAUGUAUGUUAUUUGCUAGAGACUGAGAGAAGGAGAUCUUUCUAGUUCAAUUGUGAGUAAAUGCACACAGUUCA